AAUCGUAAGAAGGAGAAAAAAAAACACCCAUGAAGAGGCAAGGGAGUCGUAUGAUGAAGGCCGUGGGUGGAAAGAAGAGCAAGAGAGCUGUGGAAAGCAAGGAGGAAGGGGGAGGAGUAGCGGCGGAGGUAGAGAGUUUGUUGUGGUGGGCGGCGGAUGAGCAAAUGCCGUGGGCUUCGGCGUGGUCGCCUCUGUGGGAUGUGGAUUAUGUGGACAAGGCCUACGCUGCAUUGUUCGGAGAUGUAGCCUGGGAUGAUGAUAUUUGGAACCUCAAGAACGUCAUGGUGAUUCCCCACCAAUGAGAGAGACACAGUUUGGCAGUCUGUUUUGCUUUCAAAGCUGUGUUUGCUGUUAAAAAAGAACUGAAAGAAUUUCUUUUGUAUUUCCUUUAGUCUAAUUCAUUUACAUUCAGUGAGUCUAUUUAUAUACAAUUCAGAUAACUAAAAUUAGAGGACGAAACCCCCCAUUUUGGACACAAGAAUCAUGAUGUUGUGACCUUAGAGUCUUUGU